AUGUUCACAGUUUGGGAUGUUGGUGGCCAAGAAAAGCUUAGGCCCUUGUGGAGGCAUUACUUCAAUAAUACCGAUGGUCUUAUAUAUGUGGUAGACUCCUUGGACCGAGAGAGAAUUGGCAAAGCUAAGCAAGAAUUUCAGGAGAUCAUAAAAGACCCAUUCAUGCUCAACAGUGUUAUUUUAGUGUUUGCAAACAAACAAGACAUGAGAGGAGCCAUGUCUCCACGAGAAGUAUGUGAAGGACUUGGAUUAUUAGAUCUCAAGAAAAGGAAAUGGCAUAUACAAGGCACAUGUGCUCUUCAAGGAGAUGGUCUCUACAAAGGCUUAGACUGGUUAUCCUCUACACUCAAAGAGGUUAGAGCAGCUGGUCUCUCAUCCGUUGGUUCCUCAUUUUAA